AUGAGCCUCACGAGCCCCGUCACCGACCCUACAACGCCUCUUUUCAGCUCAGAUCUAAUCUCCCCUGAGGUUGUCGCAGCUUUACCCGAAGGAUACCAAUGCAGACCGGUACAGCGAGGCGAUUAUCAUAAGGGAUUUUUGGAUGUCUUGCGCGUUCUUACAACCGUGGGCGACGUCACAGAAGAGCAAUGGAACGACCGAUACGAAUGGAUUUCGAAACGAAAUGACGAGUACUUCCUCCUCUGCAUCCUCGACUCAAACUCCCACAUCGUCGGCACCGGCGCGCUCAUCGUCGAGCGCAAGUUCAUCCACAACCUAGGCAUGGUCGGACACAUUGAGGACAUUGCGGUGGCGAAGGAUCAGCAAGGCAAGAAGCUUGGUCUGCGCAUCAUCCAAGCGCUGGAUUUUGUGGCGGAGAAGGUUGGAUGCUACAAGACGAUUCUCGACUGCUCGGAGGCCAACGAGGGCUUCUAUGUCAAGUGUGGCUUCAAGAGAGCUGGUUUGGAGAUGGCACACUAUUAUGGACAGAACAAGCCCAAAGGAGGUCAGUAG